AGCAAGGGGAGACCCAUGUGGCUGGAGCGGAGUGAGCAGGGGGAGUGGUGAGAGGCGAGGUCUGCGGGAACCAGGAAGGCCAACCACGAAUUGGGAGGAGUUUGGACUUAUUCCAAGUCAGUUAGGAAAUUCCCUCUUUCUCUCAACCACCAUUUCCAAGCACAGAGUCUAAAUUAUUCUAAACCCCACUCGAGGAGGCAGGUGCUGUACAGAUGGGGAAACUGAGGCAGCGCAUAGCACAAAGGACAGGGGGGCGUCAAACUCCUCACUUGAUCGCGCCCUCAGCCAGCCCCUUCCUAGAAAGUGCUUGGGUAUCUUUGUAGGCCUCCGUUUCUUGACAGAGGGCCAGGAUUCGAACCGCAGAUAUGCCUCUACUCUAGAAAAUGGCGGCUGCCAGGCCCAUCCUGGGCCGAGUCCUUCCAGGAUCCUCUAUCCUGUUCCUGUGUGACAUGCAGGAGAAGUUCCGCCACAACAUCGCCUACUUCCCACAGAUCGUCUCAGUGGCAGCUCGCAUGCUCAGGGUGGCCCGGCUGCUGGGGGUGCCAGUCUUGCUGACAGAACAGUACCCGCAAGGCCUGGGCCCCACGGUGCCUGAGCUGGGGGCUGAGGGUCUUCAGCCACUGACCAAGACCUGCUUCAGCAUGGUGCCCGCCCUGCAGCAGGAGCUGGACAGCCGGCCCCAGCUGCGUUCUGUGCUGCUCUGUGGCAUUGAGGCACAGGCCUGCAUCUUGAACACAACCCUGGACCUCCUGGACCGGGGGCUGCAGGUCCACGUGGUGGUGGACGCCUGCUCCUCACGCAGCCAGGUGGACCGGCUGGUGGCGCUGGCCCGCAUGAGACAGAGUGGUGCCUUCCUCUCCACCAGCGAAGGGCUCAUUCUGCAGCUGGUGGGUGAUGCCGCCCACCCGCAGUUCAAGGAGAUCCAGAAGCUCAUCAAGGAGCCCGCCCCAGACAGCGGACUGCUGGGCCUCUUCCAAGGUCAGAACCCCCUCCUGCACUGAACUCCAACCCUGCCUUGAGGGAAGACCACCCUCCUGUCGCCCGGACCUCGCUGGAAGCGCGUUCCCCCCAUCCCUGGAUCCCAAGAGUGGUGCGAUCCACCAGGAGUGCCGCCCCCUUGGGGGGGGGGAGGUAGGGUGCUGCCCUUCCAUUGGACAGCUGCUCCCGGAAAUGCAAAUAAGACUCCUGAAAGCUGGGUGGGAAUUGGCUGAGCCGAGGUGGAGGCGGGGCUCGGCCCCGGGCCACUUCACGGGGCGGGAAGGGGAGGGGAAGAAGAGUCUCAAACUGUGGGACACGGACUCGCAGAAUAAACAUACAUGUGGCUGUG